AUGAAUCAUGAGCAGAUCCAAAACUUGAAUUGGUGCAAGUAUGUGUGGGAGGCACUGCUCUCAACAACUGCACAGUAUAAGAAAAACCUGAAACAAAAGGACAAAGCAACAUUUUUCACAGGACCAUUGCCGUUAUUGACGAUUUUCUAUUUUGACAGAGUUCAAAGAAUGAACUUUUUUCCUCCAAGACGAAUUCCACUUGUGUCCUGCUGGACAAAGGAAAUAGGACACAAACGGAAUAAAUUGGAGGAAAGUGGCUUUGGAUUGGGGAAGGUGUUACCCAAAAUCAAUAUUGAAGAAAAACAAACUCGCAAGGAGUUUAUGGAUGAGUUUGUCGGUAUAAUUCAAGCUGUUGGUGACAAUUUGUCAAAGCUUUCUGAUUCACUGAAGAAGGCGCAAGAAUUCUUCCCAGGAAAUGAGUUGGUAUCUAAAGUGGAAGAGUUCUUGUCAAAAAUGGCAAAAGAACCAUCAUUAAGCCAAGAUGAGUGGUCUGAUGACUUCAUUAAGGCUCUGUUGGAAAAAGAAAAAGAGUUGUUGGAUGCAAUUGAGCUGGAGAAAAACAAAGCAAAAAAGGAUAAGCAGAGAUAUGAGUAUAAUAUCAAGAAUGCAUUCGACUUGGGACUUUCACCAUCACCGAUAAUAGAUGAUGACAAGUUGAAACGUGAGAAAGCUGGUACAUCCACCUCUACGCCAAGUUUGUCACUUGAAGAAAUAGAUGAAUCUUUGGCUUCUGCUAUGCCGAAUCUAAAACAAAGAAGAGAGGAAGAGAAAAAAGAAAAUGAAAUUGCAAAAGCUAAGAAAAUGAUGCAAGCAGAAUCAAAAGUGAGUGAACCAGCUUCAGAAAAACCAAAAACAACAGUGGAGGAGAUUGUUGUACAAGAAGAGAAGAUUGUGAGCUCGGAUGAAGCUACAGUGGAGCCUGAGUUGCAUGUAUCAGAAAUGAUGCCUGUAACUAAUGUAAUUGAAGAGGAGCCUGCAACAGAAGUGAGAAAUGAAGAGGAUUCUGCACCACAAGUGAUUGAGAAGAAGGUUACACCAGAUGGGGUCGAGGAGCAGCCUGCAAAAAAUAAGACAAAUGAAAGUGCUGAACCACAAGUGCUUGAGAACACGGUUGCACAACAAAUGGUUGAGGAGCCAGCAGAACCUCAUACUCCUACACAGUCACAGGUGCAACAACCAGUGGAAGCUGAACUAUCUGUUGGUGCAGAACAAUCUUCUCUUCCUUCACCAAAAACUCCAUUGAAUGAAGUCUCAAUAUCAACAUUAAUUUCAAGCACAAAAACAGAUUUGAAAUUGGACGAAAUUUUUGAAGACAAAGGAGAAAAAGAAGAUGAAGGAGAAGGAAAUGAGAAAGGUGACAAAGGAAAAAGACCUCAAAGGAUUCACAAACUACCGGCUGCCUUCUCUUCUCCAUAUUUGGUCAAGUAUCGAGACUUGUUCAAAAAUCUGGACACAAUGCAUCAAAGCCUAGCAGAUUAUGUCUUAAGUGGUCAGGACAACAGUGAGGUUCUUUAUUUUGAUGGAUACAACUACAUCAAUAGAGAGGACAUGAAAACACUGGUUGAUGAAGCGGAAGUGGUUGACUGUGUGAUUGAUUCAUGGUCAAAGUAUCUAAAUGCAAAGGGCCAUAAAGAUAAACUCUUCCUUUCAACAGUUCCAUAUGUAAGUAUAAUAAUUGAUGUUAUUUAA